AUGGCUCCCGGAGUGAAUGAGAGUGGGUUUGGUGAGGUGGGCGCGUUUGGCAAACACCUGAGCUUUUCAUCAGAAGCCGGGAAGAAGCAGUAUUGCCUUUCCAUGGAUCUAGAGCUCUGGAGUCUUACAUUAUUUUCAGAACAAGGGACCCCCAUGUCCACACCUGUGCUUCUGAGAACAGGCACCUAUUUUCUCCUCAUUAGGAAGAAACAGCUGCCAACUCACAAAUCGAGAGCCGGACAGAGGCCUCUUCCUGUGUGUGUGGAAAAACCACAGGCUCUGCAGUCGGAGAAGAUAGUGGAGGCCAGGGAGGGAGGAGGCCGGCGAGAGAAACGAGGUGACGGGAGAAGCACGCAGGCAAGUCAGAACCGCGACAGGGAGCUGAGCGACGGUGGAGGUGCUGCUGCAGGAGAAGGGAUGGAAGGGUCUGGCCCGGGUGAGGAGGGCCCUGUCUGUAUCAGAGACAGGAUGGCCUGA